UAAUGGAAUAAAGUGAAUUCAAGUACUGAGAAGUGGAGACCCUUAACAAAGGCUGCAAUCAUUAGGAAGUGAUCACCUAUGUAUAACUGAUGUUUGACGAGUGACCUGCCAUAAGUAGGAGAUCGGAUCACAGGAAGAAGGGCGGAUGACUUUUUGUGAAAACUGCACAGAAAUGAGGGAUUAGUACAGAAUGUUGUGAGUUGCUGAGGAAUUUAAACUUCUGUCUACAUCACCAUGGGCAAGGGACAGUCUAAAUCGUACGACUUCACUGGAGAAUCCGUGAAGAAGAGGUCUGGCAGCAAAAAAACCAAUGGUGUAGAAGCCAGGACGUCUAAAAAUAUAGACCCUGAUUCCAUAAAUUCUCCGUCUGGUAAAUCAGAAAAUGGGGACAAUACACCUAUAAAUAGAACCAGUCUCCCAGUUACCAAAGAGGAGCCAGCAAACGAUAAUAGUGCUAAUGCUCAAGAUAAUUCUAGUGUAGUGAAUGGUGAACAAAACACUACAACCACUAAAAAAUCGGAGGAAUCUAGUGAAACACAUAUUAUUGAUGAUUCUGAAGAUUCUGUAAAAGCUAAUGACACUAGUGUAGAAAAUUCUGAUACUAGUAAAACAGUGAACUCUGAGGAAACUACACUGAAAGUAGAGGAGCAGGUAGAAGAGAAAUCUGAAUUGGAAACUUUGGAAAAAGGUCCUUUAGAAGAAGAGGAUCUCGACAAAGAAGUUCAAAUCCAAGCUGAGGAACCUCAAAAAGAGGCUGAAGAUUUGAAGGAGAAUCAGAAAGAGGCUGAGGAGUCUGAGGUAAAGGAUACUGAAGAGGAGGAGAGAGAAGGAUGUUCUGAGGACACAAAUGAGGAGCCGCCCCCAGAGGAACCUACCACAUCACUAGACAAUAGAGAGGAGGAGCCAGCAGAUACCACACAGGAGGUACCACAAGACACAACAGAGGAAUUAACCACAACAGAAGAGAACAAAGACAACUCACAGCCAGACAACACAGAGGAGACAGAGGAUCAGGAGGAAUCAGACAAAGGAGAACCAGUUCAGAUUGUCACCGUUAGUGUUGGCCUGGAGCAGGAGGAGGAUACAGUAGAAGAUAUGGCAGACACAGUGUCCGCAGUUGUCUGUAACGAAUCUGAUCUCAAGGAUGGGGAGAUGAAGGAGUUUGACCUUGGUGAUGGGAAGGUCCUUGUUGUUCGAGAAGGGUCAGAAUUCCAUGCUCUUGGAUCUGAGUGUACACACUAUGGGGCCCAACUUGUCAAUGGAAGUUACUGUAAUGGUAGAGUUCGCUGCCCUUGGCAUGGAGCUUGCUUCAGUGUGAAAACAGGGGAUAUUGAAGAUUUCCCAGGCCUAGAUAGCAUUCCAAAGUUCAAGGUUGAAGUUGUAGAUGGUAGGGUUAAAGUCACUGCGGCCAAAUCAGCACUAGCUAAUCCAAAAGUCCAGCGUAGAAUGUGUGAAGCAGCAAAACCCAGUGACAAAAAAGUCCUUAUCAUAGGUGGAGGACCUUCAUCUGUGACAUGUGCUGAAACACUGAGACAAGAGGGGUUUACAGGGGAAAUCACCAUAGCAACACAAGAAAACAACAUUCCCUAUGACAGACCCAAACUUAGCAAGGCAAUGGACCUAACAGCUGAUAAGAUAGCUCUCAGGAGUGCAGACUUCUAUUCCAAAGCUGACAUCAACAUUCUCAAACAGAAACAGGCGACUGCAGUAGACACAUCAUGCAAGACAGUCAGCUUCAAAGAUGGCAGUACAGAGUCAUAUACAUCACUUGUCAUUGCAACAGGAGGGCGUCCACGGGUCUUACCAAUCCCCGGGACAGAUCUAGAGAAUGUGUAUCAGCUGAGGACUCCCGAGGAUGCCAAUCAAAUUGCGGAAAAGGCUGCUGGCAAAAAUGUCGUCAUUAUUGGAUCUUCAUUCAUUGGAAUGGAGGUGGCAUCUGCACUAGCUGGCACUGCUGCCACUGUUUCAGUGGUGGACAUAAUCAAAGUCCCCUUCCACCUGGUUCUCGGAGAGAAAGUGGGAUCUGUUUUACAGAAGAUGCAUGAAGACAAUGGAGUGAAGUUUUAUUUUGAGAGGGGGAUCAAGGAAUUUGUGGGGAGUGAUGGUAAAGUGACUGAAGCUGUUUUAUCUGAUGACACAAAGCUACCAGCAGAUGUGUGCAUUAUGGGAGUAGGUGUGGUUCCUGCUACUGAUUUCAUUAAAGAUUCUGGUAUAGAAAUGACUGACAGAGGAUUCAUUCCAGUAAAUAAAAUGAUGCAGACAAAUCAACAAGAUGUCUAUGCAACUGGUGACAUCGUGGAAUUCCCACUCUUCAGUGUUGGAGAUCAAAAAGUAAAUGUCCAGCACUGGCAGAUGGCCCAUGCACAUGGAAAAACAGCAGCCCUUGGAAUUUUGGGAAGAGAUGAACAAAUUAGAAGUGUGCCAUUUUUUUGGACAGUACAGUAUAAGAAAAGUAUUCGCUACACAGAUUAUGGUCCAGGAUAUGAUGACAUCAUUGUACAUGGAGACCUCGAUGCUCCAAAGUUCAUCGCCUACUACACAAAAGGAGAUGAGGUUGUGGCAGCUGCAAGUUUGAACUUUGACCCUUUUGUGUCCCGCAUUGCUGAUAUGAUGCUGAUUGGAGAAAAGAUCCUAAAAAGUGAAGUCCAAUCCAGUGCUGAUGGAUGGCUGUCAAGGUUUGAGAAACUCUUGGUGAAAGACUAGGACCAAUAGAUCAUGCUUAAAUCAUCCAGACCUAUCAUCACUUCCUGUACUGAUGCAAUAAUCAACUACACGCUUAUUAUUAGUGCAUUUAUCAAAUGAGUGAUUUACAUGUAUUCAGUAAACUUUCAUGUGUUGUCUUCACUUUUGCUUCUGACAGAGAAUUUGUAUGUAGAGUGUGAUUCAGUGUAUCUGAUAUAAUCUAGGAAAUGUUGAAAAAAAGUGCUUUACAUGUAUUUAAAUUUUAAAGCAAAAUAUGGUUAGUGGGUGUAAAUGCAUUUACUACAGUGUAGUAUUGUUAAAUUAGCAAAAAUGUGUACAUGGACUUAUUUCAAAUCAAUGAAAUUUCAUUACAGCUGUACAUCUUAGGAAAUAUUACUUUACAAUAAAUCUGUAUAACAU